AUGACUGACGCUAAGGAUAGUCAAAGCAGCUUUCCUAAUAUCUCCGGCUAUAAAAAUCAAGAAGCUGCUAUUUCAAAACUAUGUCUAGAUUGCAAAGCAUUGUUGCAAAGAAUCAAAGACAUAGACAAUGGAGAGCAGAAGGCCCCGAAACGGCGAAUUGGUCGGGGACAAGUAGGGAAUUCACACGUCCCGGAUUGGGUACCCGGCACAGACCAGAAGUAUGAAGACUUAGCACCAUUCCAGAAUAUGGCUGAGGACAACUCUAUGCCCCAUAAGUCAGACCGUGUUGAGCUCCGGCUAUCAUCAGAAGAAGGUUGUGUUAUGUGCGCGUGGCUCUUGCAAUCAUUGCGAUCACGCCAAAGACGUACAAACCAGACUCUGCUCGAGUACUGGUUCAAGCGUCCAGCCACUGCGGAGGAACAGUAUCUGUUCAGUGCCGUUGGUAACCGGUGUCAUGGCCACUAUUUUAUCACCGUUCGAUGUCCUGCCCCUCUACCUCCUCCGUUAUCUGAAGUUCCUUUUGGCCCGCACGAUGCGCAUAUUUACAACACCGCAGGGGAACGGCCUUCGGCUGCUAGACCACGUCCAUACGGACAGCUUCGCGGGGACGAGCUAGCUACUCUUAUUGUCGACGUGAUACCGGAUUCUAGCGGAGCUAAAGACCUUUUGAGUGCAACGAUGAGUCUCAAACAAGUGACACCUUCAGCCUCGACUUGGAAUCUAUUCACUACUUGGCUUCAAGACUGUAACGAAAACCACUUGGAGUGCAAGCGAGGUACCCUCAACGUUCGGAAGGAAUGCCUUCCAACGCGUUUGCUUGAUCUUCAAGAAAAUGAUAUAGUACGGCUUGUGAACGUGGAAAAUCUUGAAUGGGAAGAUAACAUUGCUGUUCCGAAAUACGCUGCUUUGUCUCAUUGCUGGGGCACCAUACACGAGCCACAGUUAAAUGACCAAACAGUCAAAGCCUUCAUUGAGGGCUUACGGAUUGAUGACCUUCCAAAAUCAUAUCGGGAUGCUGUCUCUCUCUCCAAACGUAUUGGAAUUCCAUAUUUGUGGAUAGAUUCAAUUUGCAUAAAACAGGACUCGAAAGAUGAUUGGAAUCGAGAGUCUGUCAAGAUGGGAUCUAUAUACAUGAACUGUUAUGUCUGUAUCGCUGCCACAGCUGGACAAGACAAUAAUAGUUCUCUUCUUGAAGAACGCACGGUGGAAUUUCCUCAACCAUUAGUGUACGGCAAUCUUGUUGUUCAGGCAGACGUCGAUGUAAAGGAGACAGGCUUUGCCAUGGAUGGGUCCGGUCAGUGUAUCAGGAUACAUACAUUGUCAGAAUUUGCUAUCGACAGAGCCCCGCUAAACCAACGUUCGUGGGUCCUUCAAGAAAGAACACUAGCGCCUCGGAUCCUGCACUGUACCAGUGACGAAUUCAUCUGGGAAUGCUGCGUAGGUAUGAGAUCCGAAAGCCACACUGUUUUAACGGCCGGCGGGAGUGUAGUGAAAGAUGUAUUGAGAGAACUGUAUCAUGCCCCUUCAUUUCUCAGAGACAUUUCGACAUUGCAUCUCCACACAGACAGCCGACGGCGAUUUCUGGAGCGAUGGAGCGAGCUGAUUAAUUUGUUCUCUGGUGCUGAAAUAUCGUUCACGGAAGACCGAUUGCCCGCUUGUUCAGCUGUCGCGCAACAGAUGCAGCCGAUUCUGGGAAACUAUAUCGCAGGGCUAUGGGAGAGAUAUCUGCCGAGUCAGCUCCUCUGGUAUCAUCCUCUUUCUUGCCGGGUUGGUCGUGGCCAGAAGCAUCGAAUGCGUCAGAGUAGUUAUCCAUCGUGGUCUUGGGCAUCGCUCGACUGCCGUGUUUGCCUUCCAUAUUACUACAAAGGCUACAACGACAAUUUCGCUUCUGCAAUCAACAACAUUGAAGUCAACCUUUGCGGAGAAGAUAACACGGGACCGGUAGAUGGCGGAAAGAUCGAUCUUAUAGGACAUUUGUCCCCCAUCUAUCAGAGUGCAGCAUUCGGCUACCUACUCAGCAGGGAAGCAUUACCCGACAACCCAAACAUCACCAUCAACUGGCAAUUUGAUGACAGGGACGUGUAUCAGGCAGAUGGGAAUAGCGAGAUGAAGCAUAAAGCCAUGCAACCAGCCAACGAAGAAGAAAAACGCAUAAUGCGUUUUGGCAGUAUGCAACAUGCUCAACUGCGGCGUACCAAAAUUCUGGCGAUUCACAAUCCAGAAUUGACUAGACUGUGCUGUCUACCCAUCCUCUCUCACAGCGGACGGCUUCGGAAUCCUGGCGUUGGGGAUGGCUCGACGGUGCGCGGUCUUGUGCUUGAAUAUGUUGAAGACUCGAAGGCUCAUUAUCGACGGAUUGGCCAUUUUAUGUGCGAUUUCGAACACUUUGAGGAUUUCACGCGUUGCAAAGUUGAUGGUGCUGCGCCGAUGACUGAGGAGUGGCCGGCGCGGAGGAGGUAUAGUGAGGAGGGUGGAUUUGAGUUUUCUAUAGUCUGA